CUGACAUUCCUUCAUCAUCCUGGCGUGUGUCAUUCGGUGUUUACGUGCCGAAAUUAAUUAAUAAAUAAGAUUCACAAUCUCCAGCGCACACGACGAAACUCUGUGUUGUACAUGUUAUUUAGUGUUUAAUUGUGAUUUUAAACAUUCUAUUGCAUCCUUCAACCGUACCACAAAAUGGGAACCGAGUGGGACACGCUUCGAAAGCAGGCUCGCCAUUUAGAAAAUGAUAUCGAUAUGAAGCUGAUCGCGUUCAAUAAGGUUGGCGUUGGCGCAGCCAGUUCUUCGACGACGGCAAGCAACAACACAGACACGUCGCCCUUGCUAGGGGAUCACGUUUUCGAAUCGCUUUCGCUGGAGAUAGAGCAAAUGCUGGACAAACUGUCCAACAUCAACGAAAAGAUGUCCGAGAUCCCGAACAGCGGCGCAGCAAUAAUGCAUGUACUGCAGAGACAUCGCGAAAUACUGCACGGAUACCGACAGGAAUACUUGAAGAUACAGGCAAACCACACGACUCGGAUGGAACGGGAAGAACUACUGCGGGGGUCUGGGCUGGGUACAUCAUCCCCGUCAACGUCCGGUUUAAGCCGCAGGGACAUGUACCUGAAGGAAAACACCCAUCUGCACAGUUCCAGCUCGCUCGUGAACGAUCAGAUCAGUAUCGCGAUGGAAACGAAGGAACAUCUAACAUCACAGCGGCAACAUUUGAAGCGAUUCCAAACCCGCAUGCACGACAUAUCGAACCGUUUUCCACUGAUAUCCAGCUUAAUCCAACGAAUUAAUAUACGUAAGCGAAGAGAGUCACUUAUCAUCGGUGGCGUGAUAGCCGUCUGUACAAUCUUGCUACUGUUGUAUGCGUUCCACUGACUUCCCGCGGACGUCCAAAUGCUAUCCGACUAAAGAGGUAUCGCUACCAACGCGCAUUUUUAUAUUUCUUUUACUUUACGUCUUUCGGAAAUGGAAAGAAUUCAGUCAAAAAGUUAAUGGAAUUCCUAGCUGCCCCCCUCCAAUCUGUUGAUAACAAUGUGUGUAACGAUUUGUAAAAAACGGCAAAUAAA